AGGAAAUGUUUUAUUAUCAAGGGCGCACUUGACGUCCCAAAGGCUGUAGUGUUGGUUUUGUGAAGUCGCCUGCCAUGGUGCUGGAAGCCCUUGGGGCAGCUGUUUCUGGGGCUGUGGCCCUGGGGACUAGCAAUUGGGAUAUGUGGGGGAUGACCGGGGGUCUUGCUACUUCGGGACGUGGUGCCCAGGUAGAUCAAGCUUUUCAAAGGAAACACGACCGAAUUGACUACAAGGUCACACGGCAAGGCCUUCACCGAGAUGACAUCUCAGAUCUCAUUCAGUUGACCACUGGUCGGAUGGAUAUGUACAACUUGGUGGGUGCUCUGUUGCUGACCUUCGCGCUGCGGUGGAUCACCAGCAGCGAUUUGGUCGUCGUUCCAGACUUUCCUCAUUGGCCGGUUUGGUAUUCGACUGUAUUUGUCAUCGCUUGCUUCUCUUCAGUUGGCUAUUUGAUUUUCUCCCUGUGGUUUGCCAUGCACUGUUCCAUAACUGCACAGGCCCUCGGCACGCGCAUGCGUCUCAACUUCACAAGGUUGUCUGUGCCGGACAAUUCUACGAUCUCUAAGCUGAAGGUCCCAUUCUUCAUUCCUGGAGGAGCAUUAGAAAAGGUUCAGAAGACCGUGUUCGAUGGGUCGCUGGAUGGCGUACAGCUUCGCAAGGAGCUGGUGGCUGAUUUGGAGCGUGGACAUGAGGUGUCUGCUAUUGACGAUGACCUCUCCACCGCCUCUGCAAUCUCAUCUCAUCGGUCAUUGCCAGCCUAUGUGUCCCGCCCCUCGGAGUGGCGAGACCACAACGACAAGAACGACGACGACAAAGACUUUGAGAAGCAUCUCCGGCGCUGGAUUCGCUUGCGUGGGCACUGGUUAGGCUAUGAUGCCUACGCUCGUGCCUGCAUGGUGGUGGGCAUGAACCAGAUGCUCCAAGCAUUGACCUACCACGUCGUUGCAGUUUGCUGGAAAGUUUCGGCCAUCACUGCUUUUGCUUGCUUAGCGUUGGCAAAGCUGCUGACAUUGUGUGUGCUCCGGAUUGAUGUGAACUGUGCGAAGCCUUACACUUGCCUGGGCUAUUGUCUUCUUUUGACGCUGGAAGUGGCCCCUCCCUUCUGUGCAACGAUCCUUCUCGUGAUUUACACGCCUGGGGUGGAUUGGGAUGAUUGGAUUGAAGGAGCUUUGGCAUUUCCGAUCUUCCUCAUGCAUUGCCUGUGGACGCUGUACCUGGCGUCGCAGCUAUCUCCAGCGGAUGAGCCUGUAUUCAAAGGUGCAGACCCCAAUCAUCACUGCUCAUCGGACGAGGGGACAAGUGACGAGAGCAUGGACGAUGAUCUCGAAAGGCACCACGAGAUGAUAAAGAGGGGCUCAUUCGGUUUGGGGAAUUUGCCCAGGCGGCUUCAGGGAGCUAGAUGGCUUGAUAUCAUCAGACUGGAGCAGCCUGUACCUCGAGACGAGCUGGAGGAGGAGUGGAUAGGGGUCGAUCCACUUCCAGGCCAAAUUACUUUGCGCUUUACAUUGACCUUGGCUGGGAUUUGGGUGUGCGCCGGGUUGGCACAUAUGGCUGGGACUGCGACUGGCUGGGACCAGGCCGUGGUCAUCAAUUGCGAUGAAAACAACUGCACAGGUCCUGGCAAUACGCCAGUGGUUUGGCCACAUGCAAGACCAAGACCACACCACAGGAUAAAAGCCAGACGGCUACGGUCUGUUGCGAGAAGGGUGCUCCAGUCUGAGUGGCCAGCACCCGCGAGUCUUUUUCAGGUCAACUCUUUGCACUGCGGGAGGAAUGCGAGCGAAUUCCAGCUGUUUGUCCACAACGGCUUUGACUUUUUUGGCGCCAAUCGCGUGGCUGAUGAGCUAGUGGGAUUUUUCAGGUUGGGCAUUCCAGACGAGAGGUCGCUCGUGUUUUGUACCGCUGACUGCUUUUCCCUCAUCGCCGAAGAAAAUAGUUCUUGGAGCUUGAGGCUUUUGAACAAAGCAGCGGAGCCGCUGAACCCUGGAAUUUUUGUGCGGAACGUGAUUGUUCCGCCCACGUGGCGGCGUAUCUCGGCAGCCUGGCAAGGACUCGAUGUAGUGCUGGCAGGAUGGGAUGGAAGCGGGAUUGUCACAGCGAGGCUGCAACAGGACCGGCUUUCGGGAGCUUGGCAUCUGGAGCAAAGAUUCAAGGUGCAACCUGGUGCAGGCCUUUGCUAUGCAAGCGCAAGAACUUGUAAGCGACACGCUGCAGAAACUUAUGCAGAUGUGCAAGCUUUACAGAUUGGCAUAGAAGGUCAAACCCUCGCGGUGCUUCAUAGUGGCAACCGCCUUGAUUUCUGGGAUUUAAUAGAUGGCGCCUUCUUGGAACAGCUCGAUCUUGGCGUUGCUCACAGGCUUGUUUAGAGUUCUCAGCAGGCUUAGCAUGCCACGUUCCAACACACGUCUCUCCUUAAGAUGUCACUCGCUCUGCUAGGGCAAUGUGCCAUGAUGAUCUAGAGCUGCAUUUGGCCCGGCAGACGCCCGGGGGUCCGGUUGUGGAGGUGCUACCAUUGGAUAGUCUUGAAUUUCUUGCGGGUCGAAGGUCAUCAGCGACAAUGACGCCUGAGAAGUUUGAAACCUGAACAGGUCUCAAGCGUCCGAGGUCCUGCGAGCCCAGGCGCCGCCUGGGCAAUCUACCUGUAGUUGCCCAUU